UACAUUGCUAAUUAAUUGUGUAUCUUUGGUUUAUUUAUAUCAAUGGUCAUUAUGUACAGUUAUAUGUAUAACCACAGCAUUCGCUAUUAUCUACUCACGGCAAAAUGACCUGCGCUCUGGUAAUAUUGGGUGUAUUUAUUGUGUUUUUGGUGAUUUUUCUGAGGAGAAAGGACCCUGAGCCGAUCUUUGGCAUAUACUCAGUACCGGGGAAAUGGUACUACUUGAAAUACGUGGUAUUUGCCUGCCUGUAUUACUAUAGAAAGUAUUCUAGCAAAAACCAUGCAGCUGGUAAGGAGGGGCGAGCGGGGCAGGGAGUCAAAGCCAUGUCAGACCCUGCAGAAAUGGACAAAGCACAACCACUCAGCUAUCAUGCCAAGGCUUUCGAUGCAGUGUUCUUCAUAUCGGCGAAGGAGGAGGACGAUAAGGACAAGGGGGUGUACGUGAUAUCGGGCUGCGAGCGACGACCCAUGGGCAUGUGCAAUGGCCUCUUCUAUAUAGGGUUACCCGGCAAAGGUCUCCUCUGCAGUAAAAAGAUUCCGGACACGGUACUUUUCGGGGCUCCAAUCGGUGAAUUUGGGGCUGAGGGUAUUAAGAUGACACCCGUUGAGCCGAUGAAGAAGUGGACCAUCUCUUACAGAGGACAGAUGUGGUACCAAAACGACCCAAGCAAAAUGGUGGAAGUGGAAUUCAACGGCGAAUGGAACGCGACGAGCAAGUAUUUCGACUACGAUUGCGACCUCCACCCGCCCGCCGUCAUCCGAUCCAUCGCCAGGGAGAAGUGGAGUCGACAGUACUUUCAGAAACUCAAAACGGCCCACCAAUCUCACUAUGAGCAAUUCGGAGUUUUGAAAUGCAAUUUCAUGAUUGGGAACGAAUCCUACGAAUACACCUUGCCUUCCUUUAGAGAUCACAGCUUUGGUCAAAUACGGGACUGGAGUCUGAUGCACCGAUACGCGUUCCAUCACAUUUUUCUGGAAGACGGCACCAGUAUCAGCGUUGGAGUGGUCUGCCAACCUUCGACAGCCACCAGUUUGGAGGCAGGAACAGUGGGUCUACCAAACGGCGAGGUUUUGGCUGUGCAGUGGGUGGAUUUGCAGCUGUAUCAGCACGGCGAAGGCGGCAGUGCGCCCAGGGACUACGCCUUCAGGAUGCAGGCCGGGGACCAGGUGUAUACUGUGCAGGUGCUGGUGGAGUACGAGUCGGUACACUACGUGUCUUCGGAGUGGGAGGCGCGUAUGGUGGAGCGGUUCUGCGCGUUCACAGUGAACGGUAUACGCGGGCGCGGAGUCUCGGAGUUCCACUACCGCCACCGCGACGGGCGGCCCGAGAGCGCGGCCAAGACCGACCCCGAGUGGUACCGCACCAUGUGUCACAAGACCCGGGAUGCGGACACGUAGGCUGGUCUACACACAACUCUAGAUGUAGCACUGCUUGAAGUGAAAACUAAGGGUGCCUUUCCACCAGAGAUAUGCUAAUCAGCUAUGCUGCGAAGAUGUGAAAUCUGCGCUACGAAAAUAUGUGACCGUUUCCACCAAUACUAAGCUAUGUAGCUGUGCGAGGAAGAUGCGCCGCCGCAAAGUAGCUGCGCGAGGAAGACGCGCAGCUCGAGCUAUGCGACGUAUCGUUAGUAGGGAAGCGGUGAGGGCACAUAGUACGCAUCCAUAGCACGCAUCCUUCCAUAUAAAAAACAUAUCUAAGUUGAAUCCGUUUCCACCAGUGCUAAGAUAUGUGCACUAAUGAAUAUAAUUGGUGGAUAUGAAACGCAUCCAUAGCAACGUAGCAUAGCACAUCUCUGGUGAAAAAGCACCCUUAAGGUGCACUAGACAGGUCUGCCCGCGAAAUUCAAAUUAAAUUUGGUUCUUCGCAAUUUGUAAACUAAUACGAUAAAGUAGGCUUAUGGCAUUCUAAUAGCGCCAAUGGCAGUAUCAUCCUUACAGGUUUGUAUAAAUAUCUUUACUUGAAAGUGUACAGUUUAAGGAAUUAGCCAAAAUAAUGAGCUUGACGUGAGUUACUCACAAAUUAGUCGAUACUCUAAGUAACGAUAUUGAUAUAAACCUGUGGAGAUGAUACUGCCAUUGGCGCUGUUAGAAUGUUAUAAGCCUACUUUGUCGUAUUAGUUUACAAAUUGCGAAAAACCAAAUUAAAUUUGAAUUUCGCGGGCAGACCCGUGUAAUUGGGAUGGUUGAAAACUCCACGCUCGCGUCAGCGACAUUGUAGCUAUAAGUAUGACGUAUUGCGCGUAUGAUAUGCACGAUUGAUAAUAUACAUAUCCUAUAUACCUAUAUAUCAUAGGUAGGUAGGUAUACCUCUAAUUAUUGAUACUACAAUUAAUUUGAAAACCUAAAAAAAUCGCUUUUAUUUCAUAGAGACAUCUCAGUAUUUUGUAUGCUUUCUUAUUUUUGGUAAUUAUACUAGUAAGCUAAAAAGUUAAUAUACUUACGUAAUUUGUUACUUUUUACUAAGUAUACAUUUUUAGCAUUUUUUA